UCUUCAAUCUUUCUCCCCAAAACACAACCCUAGAUUACAAGUCCCCCACCGCCACAGGGCUCAGCGCCGCCGUUCGUGGCUCUCAAGCACCAUCGUGUUUUCGUCCGAUCGUCCGCGCUUCUCCCUCAUUCGGAAAUCGGUGCGUCUUCCUCGAGUUCACCGUCAUUCGCUGCCUCGCUGGUCUUCGUCUGCUCAAACCCUAGCCUCCAUCACUCUCCUCUUCAAGCUGUGUCACCGCCGCCGUCGAAUCUGGUCCAACCGUCGUCCCUACUGUUUCAGCGUCGUCGCAGCUCGUCUCUGCCGUCGCGUCGCAUAUGCUCCACUCUCCUCUGCUGUCGCGUCGCGCUGCGAAGGGGAAAGAAGGGGUGGAGGUCGCGGGAGGAGGCGCGCGAAGGGUGAAGCCUUUGCUGCUUCCGCCGUGUUUGAGCUCGAAGACGGCCGCCAGUGCUGCUACCUCUGUUGCUGCCUCUGUCGUGCCUUGCCAUCAUGUUACCACUGAUUUCAUCUGCCCUCAUUCUCGUUCUACUUCAAACUCAUGCUAAAUUUUUGAACCACUGGUUGGACCGGUUGGACCAAUGAACCAGUAAACCAGUGACUAAAGCGGUUUGAUGACCGGGCCAGUUUUCAGAACCUUGCUAAAAUCUACAAAUCAAUGAUAAGCUGAAGUUGAAACUGGAUUGCAGGUUUUCUACAAUCUCUAUGAAUUGAACGUGACAUAAUACACAUAUAUGGCUUCAAAUGAGCUUCUGACAUCUGCUGCGACAAACCCUGAAGUUCUGACUGAAGCGGCAAAGACAAAGGAGAAUAAGGGAGAAGAAGAAGAAGAAAAGAAGAUGAGUCGGAAGGAGAAGCGGAAGGCAUUAAAGAAAAUGAAACGGAAGCAAAUCAGGAAGGAGAUUGCAGUUAAGGAGCGGGAAGAGGAGGAGGCUCGCAUCAACGAUCCCGACGAGCAGAGGAGGAUGCAACUCCUGGAGCAGCAGGAGGCUGAGAGAAUGGAGAGUGACAGGAAGCUUUUCGAGGAAAGAGAGAGGGCUUGGAUGGAGUUACAGCUGAGGAUCCAGCAGCAGCAGGAGCAACAACAGCAACAGAUAGACCUUCUUGAAGAAUCACAGUUGGCACGCAAUGAUAAUGGUAGUGACAAUGAUGAUGAUCAAUGGGAAUAUGUGGAGGAAGGGCCUCCUGAGAUUAUCUGGCAAGGAAAUGAGAUUAUCCUCAAGAGGAACAAAGUGAGGGUUAGGGUUUCAAAUAAGGAAACAAAACAAAAUCAGCAUGCUGAUGAUGCUGAUAGACCUACCUCAAAUCCUUUACCCCCAGAAUCUCACUCAAAUUCAUUCGCUCAGCAGGUGCUGGAGAAUGUUGCUCAACAAGUACCCAAUUUCGGAACAGAACAGGACAAAGCUCAUUGCCCUUUUCAUUUAAAAACUGGAGCAUGCCGAUUUGGUCAACGUUGUAGCAGAGUCCACUUUUACCCUGAUAAAUCCUGCACCCUUCUGAUGAAAAACAUGUACAAUGGUCCUGGCCUGGCUUGGGAGCAAGAUGAAGGCCUUGAGUACACGGAUGAGGAGGUUGAACGCUGUUUUGAAGAAUUUUAUGAUGAUGUUCAUACGGAGUUCCAGAAAUUUGGAGAAAUUGUGAACUUCAAGGUGUGUAAAAAUGGUGCAUUUCACUUGCGAGGAAAUGUCUAUGUUCAGUAUAAACAUUUGGACUCCGCUCUGCUUGCUUACAACACUGUUAAUGGGCGCUACUUUGCUGGGAAACAGGUAAGUUGUAACUUUGUUAGUUUGACAAGAUGGAAGGUUGCCAUAUGUGGCGAAUAUAUGAAGUCAGGUUACAAGACUUGUUCUCAUGGAACAGCAUGCAAUUUUAUACACUGUUUCCGAAAUCCUGGUGGAGACUAUGAAUGGGCUGAUUCUGAUAGACCGCCCCCAAAAUAUUGGAUGAAAAAGAUGAUAGCAUUAUUUGGUUAUUCUGAUGAUUAUGAGGCUUUAGGGGAGCGAGAAAAUUUGAGUUUGCAAAAGAAUACCGGGGAGAUGUCAAGAUCAGAUUCUUUCAGGUACCACUCAAGUAGAUCAAGAUCUAGGGAGAGGGAUCAGUUGAAAAGUUAUUCUAGCAGAAGAAAACAUGGAGACGAACGAAGGCAAAGAACUCCCGAUGAGGGAUGGAAUGCCAAUUCAAAAGAGAAUCAUAAAAUUAAGCACAAAACUCCGGUUUCUGAUUCCAAUAGGGAAUGGCUAGAAAAAGAUGAAAAUAGGGAAAGUCACCAUAAACAUUACGGAAAAAGCUUGUUACAUAGUGACAAGGAUGACAGUCGCAGAAGCCAUGAUGAGGAUUUUGAUACAGAUUUGGCUAAUACUGGUAAGGACAAUGAAGUAGAACAUGGAAAAGAACGACGACACUGUAAGAAAGGGAAGAGAGAUAGAAGGGAUCGGAUUUAUGAGUCCGAAUCAGAGCACCAUACCAGUAGAAGGAAAAGUUCACGGCAUCACAGUAGGGACAAUAGAACCGGUGAAGCUGAAUCUAAUAAAGAUUUGUUUGAUCAAGGAGACUUGGAACCUCAUGAUAGCUCUAGGAAAAACUCGAGACACAGGAGGUUUAACCAUCGAGAAGACAACAGAGACUAUGAUAGUGAACAUGAUGAAGUUGAUGGAGAUUGGUCACGGAGAGAGAGACACAGAAGAUCUAGCUAUCGAGAAGACAUUAAAGACCAUGAAAAUGAAUGUGAUGAAGUCGAUAGAGGUUGGUCACGGUGGGAUGGGGACGGAAGAUCGCAUAAUAAAAAGAAGCGUUCAAGACACCACCACUCACCAGAUGUCGGAUUACAGUGAUGUAGACAUCUAAGAAUGCCAGUAAGAUUAACUUUUGUAUUCCUGUGAUGAUGCUUUAUCAUCUUUUGUACAAUCUCUUCUCUUAGUGUUUCCUUUUUUUUUUCCUUCUAUGAAACAAAAAAAGAAUGCAAGUCAAACGAGCAUGAGAAGGUUUGUUUUUGUAAAUUCUCAUAUUAUAGUGAGGAGAUUGGUUAUGCUAUUAAUAUUGGCUAACAUUGGUUAAGAGAGAGCUGUGAAAAUAGUUGUAGUCAGAUGGUUUAUUCUUUGCAUACCGGACGUGGUAGGAAAAGAGAGAUACUAGUAAGAUUGUUUCAAUUAAAGUAAUGAAAAUCUUUUUCAAGA